AUGUACGACCAAUUAGGUAGAGUAAGAACGCAGUAUUACGGUAUUUCGGAACUCAAACGUCAUAUUACUCAUAUCUGGGCCGUGGCGCUGGUAUCCCUUUUUCUCCAAGUUUUCGGUGGCUUGAAACUGAUCAGGGAAGGUGCAGCGCAGCAAUAUGUACUAGGUCAAAAGACGAAAUAA